UCUUUCCCUCCGCCCAGCGCGCUCGGCUCGGGCGUGGAUGUUUGCAGGGAGCUCAGCUCUGCCUUGCCUCGCUCUAACCUGGGCUUCUUGGCUCUAUAGCCUCUUCGGGGCGCUCCUUGCACCUGAACGCCUCCUCCUCAGAGGAAGCUGAAGUUUGCGUGCCAGGAGCCGGGCAGGGAUGGAAUCCGUUAACCAGCUCGCCUCUAAGGGAAGCUUCCGAGCGGUGAAGGAGCCCCUGGCUUUCCUGAGGGUGCUGGAGUGGCUUUUUGCAAUCUUUGCAUUUGCAACAUGUGGUGGCUAUUCUGGAGGACUGCGGCUCAGAGUGGACUGUGCAAACAAGACAGAAAGUGACCUCAGCAUUGACAUAGCCUUUGCCUAUCCAUUCAGGUUGUACCAGGUGAAUUUUGAUGUUCCCACCUGUGAAGGCAAACAACGAGAAAAACUCUCGCUAAUAGGCGACUUUUCCUCUUCUGCGGAAUUCUUUGUCACUAUUGCAGUCUUUGCCUUUCUCUACUCCUUGGCAGCAACAGUGGUUUACAUUUUCUUCCAGAACAAAUACCGUGAAAACAACAGGGGCCCUUUGAUAGACUUCAUUGUGACAGUGGUGUUUUCAUUUAUGUGGCUUGUGGGCUCCUCUGCUUGGGCUAAAGGGCUAUCGGAUGUGAAGGUUGCUACAGACCCAGAUGAAGUGCUCUUAUUGAUAUCGGCUUGCAAGCAACAGUCCAACAAGUGCAUGCCUGUGCACAGCCCUGUUAUGUCAAGUCUGAAUACUUCAGUGGUCUUUGGAUUCUUGAACUUUAUUCUCUGGGCAGGAAAUAUUUGGUUUGUUUUCAAGGAGACUGGAUGGCAUUCUUCAGGCACGAGGCACCCUCCAGACAUCAUGGAGAAACAGUCUAGCAGCUAUAACCAAGGUGGCUACAAUCAAGACAGCUAUGGGCCAAGUGGUGGGUAUAACCAACAGGGAGGCAGUUUUGGCCAGCAAACCAGCUAUGGCCAAGUGGAUGAAUUCGGCCAGCAACAACAGAGUGGCCCAACUUCUUUUGCUAAUCAAAUUUAGCACUGGCUGAGUUCUGAGAGCUCUUACAUGGAGCAUUAUAUAUGGAAAGCUGAAACAGUGGCAGGCAGCAGAUUUCUAAAAAAAAUAGAUAAAUGUGACAGAGUUUCAUCUAAAUCAAAGGUCUAUCAACCAACGAAGAUGGGUUGUGGCUCUUAUUUUGUUUAUAUAUGAUGCAUCUUCUCCUUGUGAAUAGAUGAUGGAUGAUAUAUUCAUCAGAGGUGGUGAAUUGGAGUAAAUAUUGUUGUAUGUACUGUAUAGAUAACUUUACAGUAGUUUUGUAUUUGCACGGUAGCAGCAUUUUGUAGCCUUGAGUAUGUAGUAUACAGUAUGCAUAACACAAUUAUAUCAGCAUUAGAUUUUCUUCUGCAUUUUGGUGAACAGCAAAAUGUGUGCUUUCACAUGAUUUCUGAAUAUAUCACAAUGCAUGCAUUGUAGCUCCUAAGUUUUCAACAUUGCUUGUCUUUGACUAUUAGUUUGUCAUAUUUGAUUUUUUCAUAUACUGAAGAAUUUUAUUUGGCAUUCUUCCUGAUUAGCAAAUUUGCACUGUGUCUUAGUGCAUGAAGCUGCAUAAUUUCCCCACCAACAGAAUGUUAUGGGCUGUGUAUAUGGGAUUUUUCAAUUCCACCACUACUACUUUUUAACUGGUUGCUUUGUUUAAUAUAAUGUUUUAGAUAAUAUAUGUAUGCCUAUUUUGUAUAUUUUGCAGAGCUGGAUCAAUGGCUUACCUAAAUCCUGAAUGCUGCAUAUAACUAAAACAGCUUUCCUUGAAAAGGCAUUCAGAAAUAUACGCUGUAAACUGACCAGUUUUUUGUUUAAUCAAGCUCAGUAGUCCUUCUAUAAAUCCUUAUUGCUAUUGAUGUUCUGUGACUCUUUGAAUGUGAACUGUGUAAUAAAAGGACCAAGUAACUGUGUUUACAUGUUUACAAAAGGUAUUUAUUUAAUUAGGAUAACAUAGGUGCAGAUAUCAGGAAGUGAAACUAUGUGUCAUGGGAAAUACCCCAUUGAUUGUGCAACACAACAUGCAUACACUUAGAGCUGUUGCAAAACACUACAAAAGAAUAGCUUUUCCUACAUGGCCAUUGAUGAUUAAGAAUGUUUUUCUUUCUGUGGUGUCUCAAACUUGUACAACGUCUGUUCAGUCCAGUCAUUAUGAUGAAUACUGGAUUUGGUGCUAUCCGUAAGUAGGAGAGUGUCAAACAUAAGAACUCAGCAACCAAGAACAUUGAGCCAAUUCCUUACAGGGGGUGGGGGGCAGAGCUAAUUUAGAGAUCUUGCUGAUCUCAGAUGGUGCAUAAUAUUUUCCAUUGUUCUGCAGGUGUCUUUAGCUCCACAGAAGGCAUCAGAAUCCGACUUCUGCUGCUAGAUGGAGAAUUUUAUUCUCUUUCCUCCCGCAAUAGAUAGAACUCCACAUACUUAGCAGCAAAAAAAAAAGUUCAACUUCACUGCUAAAUGGAACUGAAUUUGAGAACUUCUCUCACACUGCAGGGAAAGAUUGAGCUCUGCUCUCAUUUUUAUCUGAGCUGAGUACUGAACUGCUUCCUGCAAGAUGCUGUCUGGCAAACUGAGGAGAGCAUUUCCUACCUAGCCAGGCCAACACUUUCUCCAGUGUUAGUGGUGCAUGGUUUUUUUGUGCGUAUGUACUGCAGGGAACAGGAGGGAGUGAAGAACUGAACCUCUCCCUAGCCCCAAAAUCUAUUUCACUGAUUGACUCGUCCCUGCAGGGAAAAAGGGUUGACAACCACUAAUCUAGAAUGCAUUGGAUACUGUGCAGCAAAACAAAGGUCAUUGGCUGGCUACCUGUGGUUGCGCGGGCCAAAUUUAAGAUCCUGGCUUUAACUUAUAAGGCUCUUUGUGAGGCCGGCCCACUCUAUUUAAAGAGUUGCCUUCACUAGCUCCAGGGGCGCCAGCUUACAAGAUCAUCCUUGAAUGGCUCACUUCUUAUACCUCCAGUAAAAGAAGCGAGGUUGGUGAGGACAAGGUCUAGAGCCUUUUCUAAUGUGGCUCCUACGCUUUGGAAUUUGUUGCCAACUGACCUCCGUCAGGCCCCCUCCCUGUUAUGCUUUCGGCGGACCUUGAAGACCUGGCUCUUUACACAGGCAUGGGAAGGGGAUUAGGCUGGCAGAUUGCAGUUCUUGGGGGGUUUAAAUUCAAAUUCAGGCUAGCAGAUUGCAGAUCUUGGGGGGUUUAAAUGUUUAAGCUUUAAUUUUUAAUUUCUAAUUUUUAGGAUUUUGAUUAUGUCUAUGUGGAAUGUACUUGUGUUUGGUUGUAAGUCGCCUAGAGUGGCAGAUUAAACUCUGCUAGAUGGGCAUCUAACAAAUCUCAUAAAUAAAUAAAUAAAUAAAUAAAUAAAAUUUUACCUCCCUGCUUUCCCCCAAAAAACUCACUUUGUAGUCUACAGAUGAACACACCAUUUAAAAAACGGAACAUCUGCAUUUCUAAAUAAAAGUGUAUCGGUCUAAAAUAUCAU